AGAGAUGCUCAGAUGCCCUGAUUGUUCCACGGAAGACCCAAUUCCAACCGGAGAUGUGCCCUUACUUAUUAGACUUUCCCUUUCCCGUUCAUCUAUCGUGGAGAGAAAACCUAAGCCCAAAUACGCGGGUCGGACACCCUCCUGGCCUCUGAUCUGUGGUUUCCCUCCGUCUCCUAGCACUCGGCCGCCUCCACACCCUCCUCUCCUCAGCCCGCCCAAAGUCGGCGCCAGCCACAUCGAGGUUUCCCCUCCAUCUCCAUGGACCCGCGCCCCCUCCCAACGGGAGCGGCGACGGGUGUCGACCGCGAUUCGGACCCUCCAAAGUUGGGACAGGUAAGAACAGAAGAGGAAGCAUACAUGGAAUCCUUUCUAAAGGUUUCACUUCUGCUGGCCGACCAGAAGUUGACCAAGGCUCGGCAUCAUGGCUCUAAGAUGGUUCAGCAUCUCCGGAACUACAGGCGCGGCAAACUUAGCGGCGCUGAUCUUGUAAUAUUGAACUUUCAUCUGGUUAUGUUCCAACCUGAUUUAGUUUUGAGGAGUGCAGAAGCCAUUUCAGAGGAAACAGCGAACACAAAAGAUGGGAGCAUCCUGGGUAAAUCAGAUGGGAGCAGCCGAGAAAAAUCUGACGGGAGUACUGACAGUAGAAGCAGCAUGUCUGAUAAAAGACCCCAGAACAGUGAUUGGAGUGCGACGCCCACGGGAAUCAAUGAAACGAUGUCUUCUUAUCAAGGAAUGGACUGUCUUCUCCUUGCAGAGCAUAAUUUAUUAUGUGAGGCAUUUAUUAUUGCAACGUCUUGUCUAGGGAUUCAGCAAUGUAUGGGUAUGCUUCCAUAUCUACUUAAUUCUCUCAACAGAAUAUGGACCCAGAAGGAGUGGAAUAAGAAAUAUCUUAUGAGCGGAAUAAAGGAGUAUGGUGCUUCUGAUGUUUUCUCCAUAGCUCUUUUGGAGUUAAUCAUUCCUCUGUUUUUGCGGCUGCUCCCUUGUAUACAUGUACUUUGGAGAGCGGAAAUUGGUGCUGACUUGUUGCCUAAAGCAGUUGAAAAGGCUAAAAGCUUGAGCUGUAUGGAGCUUGAUCAUUUGCUUGAAAUUUCUGAUGGGCUGUACACUAUUGACAGUCAGGAAAUAUUCCGCAAGAAUGAGACAAGGGCACUGUUAGAGGGAACUCGACAGAGAGUGUACAAUUUUAUAGGUCUGUGUAUAACCAUCAAGGGGGCAUUCCCUAAGUUAUUGGAAAGUCUAUCUGUUGGUAAUGCAUUCACGGAAGCUUUGGAGUGUAUGGAAUUGAGGCAUUUAGGGAAGCUUAUCCAUCUUGUAGUUAUUCCUCUGGUCAAGCAUUGUCCCGUUGAAAUCUUGGAGGAGUGGACAGUCAACUUAUUAGAGCCCAUACUAUUGGAGUGCGAGGAUAGACUUCAUGGUACUUGGUUUUAUCUUCUUUAUAAAAGACAACCACACAACCUUCUUAACUAUGGUAAUCUCGUCGGAGAAGAUGAACAAAUAAAUAAAACGAGAUAUAAGCUACUGCUAGAGUUUACUCGAAAGGUGUCAGAUUUGCUUAAUGCCUUAGAAUUGAUGGAAAAAACUGUUGAGCCUCUACAUGAAGAUGUUAAACCUAUCUGCAACAAGGACACUGUCUCUUCUCAAGAUUUGAAUUCCAUGGCACCACCUUCUUUCUGCAGGUUUCUUCUACAUCAUAAUUUCUUUGAGAAGUUGAGGAUGAGCUUCUUUGGAUACUUUGUGGAUGAUAAAGCAGCAAUCAAGGCUCUUCCCUUUUGCCGUUAUCUGAUUCAGCUUGCAGUUUCAACAAAUGAUGUGCGGCUUGAGCAUUUGAUUGUAGAUGAUCUGCUCCCGUGUCUGAUUCGGCGUCUAGACAAUGAGCUCCAAUGUGCAACCCAGAGCCUAAGACAUGAAUCGGGGUCAAGUACAGAUGGUAGUGUGGACAAAGAGCUGCAUGCUCUUUGUGAAGACUUAUACCUUUCUCUGGUAAAGGGUUCUGAUGGAGAAGAUAAAGAAAGCUGCCGUGCUGAAAAUAAAUUUACAUCCUGGUUGGAAAAUGAAAAGGAAAAUCUUCGAGUAAAGGCGGGUUCUACUGCUAAGGAACUUCCUGAGGGAUGUGACUGGAAUUGGGAAUAUGAAGAUGAAUUUCAGAGAUACCUUCCUGCUUAUAUGGAAAUGUUGGAACAAGUGGAUUCCAUUGAUGUCUCUGAUGAGCGUGAUUAUUUGGAAGAAGAAGCCCUCUUACAGAAAUUGAGGCCAGAGUUCAGAUCUAAGUAUGGCAUCAACAGCUGUGAGCACCCUUACAUGUUGACCAUCUUAUCUUUGCGGCAACAACAAUUUUAUUCAUUGAAUGGCCUUCUAUACCAAAGGGAAAAAACCGAAUUUAUUAGCAAACUAAUCGAACUCAAGCCUCACAUCAAGGUCUCCGAUCAUUCUUAUGAUAUUAUUCGUCGUCUCCACGAUAAUUCUGAGAUACAAUAUAAUCUUCCUGAAUGGGCUCUGUUAGAUAACGUUGAUUUUCUGCACACUAUAUUACUUCUUUGGGAACCUGUAUAUCAUCCUCUGAUACGCCAGAGCCACAUGGACAAACUUUUGUGGAUAGUUGAUCAUUAUAACAAGGCGAAUGAUAGAGAAUACGUCCAGCAAGUAGUACCAGCUACACGUGAUUUUAAGUUGCAUUUGCAGCCUUAUGCAUAUGCAUUUUUUGAGACUAAGCUUAAAGAUAACAAGUAUCAUUGGGCGAUGGAGCAAAUACGCCUGCAUAAAGAGUUUGAUAAGCUUUUGGUUUCCGGUCGGCUAGAUCAUCAUAUGGAUGGAUUUAUAUCAUCUAAGUCUAAGGAUGACUUUGUAAAGAAUCUUGUUAAGCGUGAGCUGCUGACGGAGUUUUCAGAUAUAGAACAUGAUCUCAUAAAGUUGUCUCUGGAGUGGAGAGCUGACUUUGUGGAAAUUCAGCAUCAAGUUCGCACUUACUCUGAUUGUUUACGGAACCUCCUUAAGGAUGAGACGAAAACAGAUCAUCUCAAAGUGUUGAUUACUGAGCUCGAAGCAGAAAGCUUUUUCGACAUUGAUAAUACUUCUAUCGAUUGGGAGAAGGAGCGCUUUUCAGAACUUGUGGAUCAAUUCCGUGGCAAAGUUUUUGAUGGACAUUCCCUUCCGAAACAUUAUGUGAUCAGAGGAAUCAUGGAUUAUCGGUCAAUCUUGUCGUUGGAGGAUAGAUCUCAGCCAGAUGCUUUCAUAUUCGUUGUUGGUCGAGUAUGUGACCGGUGGCUUGGAAGGUGUGAAAAGUUUUGGAUGGAGACAAGAUACCAUGAGCACCCCUGCUAUGACAUUGCCAGACGACCCCUGGAAAAGGUCUUUGAAAUUGGAAGAAAAAGUCAGUGCCCUUAGAAGAUACUGUGCUGGUCUAAUCUCUUGUUGACAGCGACAUAGUUGAUGUUGGCUGAACUUUAGUGCAAUAGGCUCAUCAGAGGCUGCUUGAACUGACGUGCACAUCUCACAGCAUCAAUAUUUCUAUUUUUGUUGUAUAAUGGUACCAUCAUGAACUGGGAACGCUCGAGCUUAUGUAAACCUUGCCAUCCUAUUAGGGAGAAAUCUUACUUUCAGCGCAAAUAAUGAAAUUCCCCUACAGGUCAUUGCCUCAUUCUUAUUUGGAUUGUCAGCACCCAUAUGA